AUGAAAUACUUGUGGUUAUUUCUCGUUUGGGGAAUUGCAUCAUGCGAGAAUGAUAUUAAUAUGAAGAAAGAUGUCACUGAUUUUCUGAAUGAUUUGUCAGUACGAACAUCAGAAGACAAUGUGGAUCAUUCAGCACAUCACAUGGAUCAUUCCUCACAUGGCAGCCAUACAAAUGCAGGUCAACAUGGAAAAGAUGAUCACUCCGGGCACCAUGACCAUGGAGCAGGCCAUCAUAUGAUGAUGAUGUGGUUUCAUGGAGGAUGCAAUGAGGUUAUUCUCUUCGAUUUUUGGAGAAUUGACUCGUGUUGCGGUCUCAUUCUUUCCUGCGUUGCUAUUUUUAUAAUGGGCGCGGCUUAUGAAGGUCUCAAAUGGUUCCGUAUUUAUUUGCAAAUUCAAUAUGGUCGUUGUGCAACUAAACAAAUUCCGGUUUCUGUAACUGCGAACAGUGCGUGUCAUAAGUCAUUAGAAGCGGGAAAUGGAGCAGAACCAUUAGUAAGCGCUCAUGGAAGAGCCAAUAUCGUAAAAGCACGCUCUGCAUUCUCCAUGCCACGGUUAAUUCAAGGAUCUUUAUAUGUCGUUCAACUUAUUUUGGCGUACUGGUUAAUGCUUAUUGUAAUGACUUACAAUUCAUGGCUCAGCAUAGCAGUUGUUCUGGGAGCCGGCUUCGGUCAUUGGCUGUUUGCCGUGUUAGAGCUUGACUCGGUUGAUGGAGCUGCAGCAGAUAGUUUUGCAACAGAUGCUUGCCACUAA